UUUUAUUGAUUAAUUUUAUUUACUUAUCUCUUGUUAAUAUGUUUGAGUUACAAUAAAAUCUAUGAAUUAUACAAUUUCUUCAAACUGAAUUAUCACUCUUAUAUUAAAAAAACAAAAUUCGAGAUAUUCUCAUUCAACGAGUAAACAAUACAAUAUAAUAUUUAAAUUUUUCUUAAUUAAAAUUUUAUUUCUACUUAAUAUUCUUUUAUUUUAUUUUACUUUAUUUUAUUUUAUUUUAUAUACAUAAAUAAUUAUAAAUAAAAUAUAAUCCUUUAUAUAUUAAAAAUACGCAUGAAAAAAGUGAAAAUUAAAAAAAAGAAGAAAAAACAGAAAAAAGAAGAAUCAAUGAUCAUGUAUUUAAAAAAAAAUAAAUUGAUAUUAUUCAAUUAAACUCAAAUACAAUUCAAUUUCGACUUCAUAUUUAUACUGCACUCUUAUUUAAAAAUACUCAAAUUUUUUUUAAAUCUUUGACAAUAAUGAUGUAUUUUUAUAAUAUUUUUAAUCAUUAUUAAAUAUUUAUAUUAAAUAUUACAUAUAUUUUAUAUCAUAGUUACAUUAUAUUUUAUAUCUCAUUUUUAUUAUGUUAUUUUAUAUCAAAAAUAAAUUAAAUUAAAAAAGAUAAAUAUAUAAAAUAAUAUCUUAUUUUUUACAAAUCUUAUAAUAAGAUUAUAAUAACAUUAAACUAUCUAAUAUUACUAUAUAUAAUACACUAUAUAUAACUUUUAAACUAUCUAAUAUUAUUUAUAAUUAAUAAUAAUUUAAUAUUAAUUGUAUUAUAUUACAAUUUAUUAUUUUUAUUAUCAUUGAUCAUGUAAUUAUAAAACUAUUAUUGAAUUGUGAAUAUUCAGAUAAUAUAAAUUACUUUUAUUAACAAUAAUAUUAUUUCAAACGAAAGUUAAUUAAAUUACAUAAAAAUCACAACGCGCCAAAACAUGCAAUGCUAUGAACUUCGGCAAUAAUUUCGAUAGUCUAUUAUUAACUAUCAUGAAUAGGAUAUAUCGAUAUGAAAUUGAUAUUUGUUAUUGAAUAAAAAUUUGCCUGACGAAUAAUAUUGUGGAUGGUAAUCUUCAGGAAGAAAAAAAAAUAUUCUCUCUCUAUGCGGAGAGAAUUUAUGGAUAACGUUAAACGUCGACAUCCUCAUUCGUGACACCUAACUUUGAUACGAGUCUUUAGUAUCGAUCUUCUGGCAGCUCGGUAUUCUCGACGCUGACGACGACGCAAGCCCAACUCAAAACGGAAGAUCUGUCCGUGGUAGAGGGGUGAUUUGUCCUCCCUUUCGUUACCGUUGUUAACUUCCUCCUCCUUUCCUUUCACCCUUACAGUUCACUCACAGUUUCCCUCCCCUUGUUUUCUGUGUUUUUUCUCUCUCACUUUCUCUCGUGUCCUCACGAGGAGGAGGACGAGAAGUAGGAAAGAUGAGCGAUCAAGAAGAUCUCGACUACUACAUCAUGUUUCCAUCGUUUCCACCAUCCCCGAAGGAUCCAACAUUAACUACUGGUAGCCAGGAUCAACGCGAAGAAUUCGUAUUCGUCUACAAAGAGGACAAACGGCCAGUGAUAGUAUUGCUAGGAUGGGCCGGCUGUCAAGAUAAAUAUCUGGCCAAGUACAGCGCAAUUUAUGAAGAGAAAAGUUGCAUCACGCUACGAUACACAGCACCGGUAGAAUGCCUAUUUUGGCGAAGAGACAAAAUGCCUUACAUCGGCAAACGAUUAAUUCAAGUGAUAACCGACAAGAGUUUGGAUCAACAUCCGAUAUUCUUCCAUGUCUUCAGUAACGGUGGCGCGUUUUUAUACCAACAUGUAAGCCUUGCUAUGCAACAAGCUAACACACCGCUCAAGGUCAAAGGAGUGAUAUUUGAUAGUGCUCCAGGAGAAAGAAGAUUAACCGCUCUUUUCAAAGCGAUCAGUGCUAUCAUAGGAGGACAUCCUAUUACAAACAUACCAAUGUCUUUCUUUAUUACAAUUUUCUUAUCUAUACUUUGGUUUUUAGAGGUAAUAGCUCAUGCUCUUGGACGUGGUUAUCCAAUACAAACAAAUCCAAUUGGUCUUGCAGAAGAAUCCUAUUCUUGGCCUCAAUUAUUUCUCUACUCAAAUGCAGAUAAUUUAAUUCCAGCAUCAGACGUCGAAAAAUUUGCCAGUCGACGAGCAGAACGUGGUGUACGAGUACAACUGGUACUUUUCACAAAUUCUCCACACGUCAAACAUUAUGCUACCUAUCGUGACGCUUACGUAAAUACAGUUUGUAGCUUCAUUCACGAAUGCUUGAUGUCACCAAAUUCUGAAUGUUUAGAAUUGUCGCAGAAUCAUAGCAUAAAAAAUAAUUCUCAAAAUUAUGUCACUAUGCCAAGUCUUACUAAAAGAGUUGUACUACCUCACGAAGCUACCAAACUAAAUUAGAGAAAGAGAAAAAAAUGAUUAAUACUAGAAUAGCAAUAUGAUCAAUGAAAGAAUCAUAUUUCGUACAAUUUUGCAUGUACGAUUAUAUGUGAACAAAAAUGGAC